UCCACUCCCAAAAUGACAGGAGCAGGAAUCAGCCCCGCUGCCAUUGGUAGCCAUCAAAAAGCUUUUAGAGCAGUGUUAGAUUGGAAGAAAGAUUCAUUUCAAGUCCUCCACGACUACUUCAAAUGGCAAGGCGGUCUGGCGCAUGUCGACGCGCACGGCAACACGAUUCUCCAUUUUCUGGCCAUCAACGGCAAUGAAUCGGCUUUCAAAGAACUCUCUGUCCUGUUGAGCCGGGAAAUGCUGAAGAAAGGGAACUUCAAAGGCAACACGACCUUGCACGAAGCCGCGAGGUUUGGGCGACGCAAAGUCGUAGGAAUCAUAUUGAAGAAGGAUAAAGGCUUGGCUUUGGCACGCAAUAGUUUGGGCGAGACGCCGCUUUAUGUUGCCGUUGCAUCAGGGAAGAAAGAUGUGUUCGAUUGCUUGAUGGAACUAAACAAGGACAACGUACCAACACCGAGAAAUGACGGCUGCACUAUCCUUCAUGCCGCCGUCAUCGGAGAAUAUUAUAGUCUAGCAUUGGAGAUAGUGAAUUCAUUUCCAAAUCUUGCUCAAGCACGGGACGAGAAAGGAUUAACUGCACUGAAUCUGCUAGCCAGCAGACCUCAUUCCUUUAAAAGCCGGUCAGCAUAUUCAUUCCUAAGUCUUGGAAGUAGAUCUUACAUCCCGGUGCAACUUAUUCGCUGUUUGAUCUAUCUUUGCAUUCCACCAACGUCGCCUUUGUGGCUUACCAAACUAACAUCGGGGUACAGAAGAGUGCUUAGAGUUUCCAAUUUGCUUAGAGGAGUUGAUGAUAUAAAGCAAAAGCAUGCAUUGGCAGUAUUGCUAGCCAAAAGAUUAAUUGGAGAUGAAGACUGGAGCCGUUACACUUAUGGUGAAAGUACAAUGGAACCAUAUAAAGAUCAUGGGCAAAUGAAUGUCUCAGUUUCUCUACAACGGCCUAAUUUGGAUACUACAAUUGAUUCACCCAAAAAUAUUGGAAUGAGAAAUCCGCUAUUUCAGGCGGUAGAAAACAGCAUUGAAGAGUUGGUAGAGGAAAUACUAGAAAGAUUCCCAGAUGCAGCCUAUACAGUGGACGAGAAUGGAAAGAACGUACUGCAUAUAGCAGUGGAGAAGAAAGAUAAAAGACUCUAUGACUACUUGAAGACAAAAGUUCAGGAGGAUGUGAUGCUAACAGCCAUGGACAACCAGGGAAACACCAUUCUGCAUCUUGCAACAAAACAAGGAAAUGGUCCUAGAAUUGUUCUUGAUUAUAUGACCCAUAUGGCAUGGGACGUAUGCUGGUUUAAGCGGAUAUGGUAUGAUUCUCCCCCUAAUUUCCAAUACCACCGCAACAUUGAUGGGAAGACGGCAUUUGAAUUGUUUCAAGAAAAUCAUGUUAGCUUACGAGAAAAAGCUGAGAAGACACUCAAAGAUAUGAACAAUGGGUUGAUGUUGGUUGCUACUCUUAUUGGCGCUGUCAACUAUGCAACAUUGUUUACCAUCCCUGGAGGUUUUGUUGACGAUAAAAAUAGUGCAAGUUUUGGUCGUCCAAAGUUUUUUAGCACCAAGAAAGAAGAUCAAGUUUUGUCAUUCUUGUGGUACACUGGGGUAGCUCUAUUUAGCGCUCUAAUUGCCUUGACUGCCAUGCUUUUGAUUCAGCUGUCGAGGUUUACCAAUAACGACUUCUUCAUGAUCUUGCCAGUGAGAUACCUUGGUUCUCUGGCUGCUCUAUUUAUCUCCACUAUCUUCACAAUUGCAGCUUGUGCUCAGGCCUACGUUAUCAUCGAAAUAAAUGUCAACCCAUACAAAGUAAUGUGGCCAGCCAUAGGUUUCCUAAUCUUUAUUUCAACGGACGUAGUGUACCGGACCUUUCAUUACCUGUAUUUUGCUUUUUGUUGUUCUGUUUUAUUUGCUGGCCGAGAAGUAGCAUACAUCUAAGCCCUUUCAUUUUCUUUUUCAUUAUACUAAAUGCUAGCUUCGAAUUGCAUCAUUGUUGAUGGGACUUUGAGUUUUAUCUUGGAUAGCAUUAAUUUCUUGAA